AUGUAUGGCUUGGUCUUGGGCCCAUCGCCUGUCGCAGCGGCACCGGCUACAUUGCGUGAAAAGUUCAGGCGUACGCGAGGCUUUCGAAACUGCGCGCGGAUCCGCGGCUUGGACGCCGUGGCUGGCGCGUCGUCCAUGCUUUCGGCGUACGUUGGCAACAAUCGAAGCGUGGCGGCGACGGUGGCCUCCACACAGAGGGCCACGUUGGCCAAAUUGGGACCGAUUUUCGCUGAUUUGGUCCCUGGCGCCUCCACCCUUCGAAGCCCAUCCACGCGACGGGGCGAGGUGAGCGUGUUUGUGAUGCCUUCCCCAUCCUCGGCCUUCUGCAUAGCGUACGGCCAACUGCUUGCGGGGGAACGUCCAUGGGAGGCAGGUGAUGCUACAUCGUCUCGCCGCUCGGAAAAGUCCAAUGCGGGGCCACGUACACGAUACUUUCAAGAUCUAUUGGCGCUGCCUGUGGACUGCGCCUUCUUGGUCGAUCACUUAGCACCGAUCUCUCCCACGGAUCUACUUGAUGAGCGCUAUGCGUCCCGCACAGACAAUCUCACGGCUAUAUGGAAAGAGGCGCUGCGCACUUGGGCGGAAGACACAGACGAUCCUCAGCGUGUAUGUCAUGCCAUUGAUACCCUCCUAGCGCUGGCUAGUGCUCUCUUGCCCAAACCCUAUACCAACUAUACACUCGAUGUCAUCACGCUCUUAGCUGGGCGUAUGGAAGAGGUCGACGAUAUGUUUUUUCAGCUCAUGGAGGCCUUGGACGAUACCCUACGACGACCUGUGUCCCCGGCGGAUACACUGCGUACACGGCAGCAAACAAGUGCGCUGUUUCUCGCGCUCGUGCUUACGGCAUGCGUGAGUGGCACAUCCUUGUCUGCCUAUAUGCUUCAUCGCGAUAUUUUCUCCGCGUCGAUGGAGUUGGCGCAGCACCGCGUCUCGGGCUCGAUUCUUAGCGAGACGGCUCUGCUAGCUGCCCUCCUAGCUACGGCCGGACAUGUCCAUGGCACACCACAGGCGGCUGGGCUUGGAUUGGAUUCCAUCUCUUCCGCCGUCGUGAGCCAUGUGGGCUUCCAACCGUAUGUCAAGCGUGUGCGUGAGUACGCGUCCUCGCCUGUCAUGGCACGUUUUGCCCAUGCGUUCUCUGUCCAAGCGGCACAGAUGGUACAAGUGUACCAAGCUGUACCGUCUACCAUGGAUGCCCAGGCAUGGGGGGCGGGAUGGUGGCCCUGGGCAAGCCGUCCAGCCCCGCCGACCGUGCCGACCCUACCCCCGCCUGCGCUUUGUACGAUCCUGGCCAUAUGGGUGUGGACGCACAGUAGUCACACUUUUACGCAAAGUAUGCUGGUACCCAGGUCCGGCGAGCCGCUCAUUGUCACACUUUGCUCUCUUGCGUCGUACGUCCUCACGCAUGCAGCUAGUAGUGCCCGCGCUACGACGUAUGCGCAUACCAUGCUGCAAAUCUUCCUGGCGUUGCUUGGACCUACAGACGGACGGACGACCAAUGCGGUGCAGAAUCGUCUGUUGGAAGAUGAGGAGCCAGCAAGCCAAGCUGCCUCGAAGCCUAUGCUCAUUGACCGAAUUCGGCUGUGCCGCGAUAAGAGCAAUCCUCUACCGCCUCACCCCAAAAGCGGCGCCAAGCGACCCCGACGGCUGUUGGUCAGUGUACUGGACAAUGUCACGCUCUUUCUCAAGUACAACCGCAGUAAGCGAUUGGACACUUCCGCGUUUCGUACAGCGUUUUUGCUGCUGCAGCGCUCGAUUAUGCUCUGUGCCCAACAACAAGUGCGGUUGGAGUACGAUUGGAUGGAAGUGUGGCGCGCAUCCCUGGCCACGAUCGCUUUUCUCGUGUCGCGGCAACACGAGUUCGGCUCAGAAGCUGCUUCUGUGGCCCAAAAUGCCCUCGAAACACUCUCGCUGGCGCUUGUACAGUCGGACCGGUUCUUGCAGUCGCCUAGCGAGACGCACUGGCUAAUAUAUGAGCUGGCGCGGGCCCAGGAAACACUUACCAAGGCCGCAGAAUGGAUCGCGGAGCCACGCAACAUGCCCUGGGCACUCCUUUGGGACGUACUGCAAGCGGUACACACACACAUGGCACAAUGGCGCGAAGAGGCCCAGACAUCUGCUGCGACUUCGUUCUUCCGUCGUAGCCAUACCAACGAGCCGGUGAGUAUGCAUACGAUUCUGAGCAUGAUCCAAGAGCUGGACUUAGCAUCGCUUCUCGCGCCUGAGAAGCCUGCAUGUGCUACCAUCGUCCGGCAGGCGCAGUCGUCCAGCACGCGGCAUCAGCACCAUGGCGUACCUAGUGUGCCUUUGGCCCUGUUGCGUUUCAUUCAACAGGAUAUAUUGGCUAUGUUGCGCGCAUACUACUAA